AUGACCAAGGACUUCAAAAUACCUUUCUGUGAUGAAGAUAAUUUUAUCCUUUGCUAUCUGAGAACAAAAAAAUUCGAUGCUAAGAAAGCUGCAGAACUUUUCCGCCGGGGAAUACAGUUCAUUGAUUCUCACAGAAGUUUAUUUGACAGAGUGGACUCAGCUGUGGUUCGACAAUUUCUGCAAGCCAAUAUAGCUGGUUUUCUUCCUUACAGAGAUAGCAAAGAAAGAGCCAUUGCUUACAUCAGAGCUGAAUCUUGGGAUCCUGAGGAAAUCUCUGCCGAAGAUACCAUUUUUGGAGGGAUAGUGACCUUACGUUCGGCUAUGGAAAAUCCAGUUAAUCAAGUGGCAGGAUUUGUUGCCAUAUUAGAUCUGAAAAAUUUAAAGUUGGAACAGGUGUUAGCCAUAAGCAGUUGGCUCAUAUUAGGAACACAAGCUAUGCAGCGUUGCUGUCCUUGUAUAGUCAAAGAAAUUCAUCUGAUAAAUAUGCCACCUAUUUUUAAAGUAGGCUGGAAACUGGUGAAACCUCUUCUGAGUGAAAAGAUUCGAAAAAGAAUAAUGUUUCAUAAAAGCACUGACUGGAAUAGUCUUCAUAAUCUUAUAUCGCCAAAGAUUCUGCCAUCAGAGUUGGGGGGUAUAUUGGGACCCUUUAGCAAUCAGCACUGGAUACAAGACAUUGAUUCCAUUGAACGCCAAUAUUAUGAACGACUACAAACAUGUUCACCAUUGAAACAAAAAAACAUGUUUAAGAAGUAACAGUUUAUUUAUAUUAUUUAUUCUUUCAAGGAGCUGAAUGUCUUGAUUUUUUGUUGACAUUAAUUUAUGUAAUUUUAGAUACUCAGGUGAUUUCAGUUUAUAAACAUGGCAUUACCUUUUUAGAACGAUAAUUCGUUAUACAUGUAUGUAUAUGCUGAUCGUUUUUAAGCUCAGGUAUAAUAAAAGGUUUUCUGAAAAAAAAAUUAGAAACUCGAAAUUGAAGGUGAAUAUCCGAUUUCCAUUACCUACUGGGCUCCCAAAAAAGAUAGCUAGUAAGAAAAUUAACUAACAGAAAUUGAACAUUUUCUUUCAUUUCCCCUAAGCACUCUAUGAACACAGAUAGGUUAAGAUAGGUCACAAAUUAUGUUUAUUAAUUUAGGGAUAUCUAUUUUCUCCAGGGAUGACUAGUUAAGCCUAAUAUAUAGUGUCCUAUGAAAUCUAUAAAACAAAUUUAGACGUAAAUUUAAUGUUUAAAAAAAUUGUAAAUUGACGUUUUGUUAACCGAGAAUUAAAACUUAACCGAGAAAAAAACUUAUAUUUUCAAUAUGCAUUCCGCUGAAAUUUUUUAUUGGGUAAGUUAAUAAGCUUCUAACUCUUCAGUUUCAUGUGAAUGGCACUAAAAUCAUACAUAAUCUAGAAAUUUAAAGAUACGGGUAAUGGAAUUUAUGUUUUUAAAGCUUAAGUUUUACUUUUCUUAGCGCACAUUUAGAAAUUUAAAAACAGUAGUAAAAUAAUUUUGAGAAAGUUAUUGCCUGGAUAUAUAUAAAAUAUGCAUGUACAUAUAUAUGUAAUUUGUUUACAAAUAUUAAAGGUUGUUAAAUGUGUUGAAGAAAGAUUUCUCAAUUCCAAAAUUAUAUGUAAAGUUCGUUAUGCAGAAUCUGAGGGUUUUAAACAAUGCAUUUGAUAUGUGGCUUCUGAUCAUUCUAGAGCAUGUUGUUGUUGUUAUUAUUUUGUACUGAAUAUUUGGCUCAACAAAUGUUUUUUAUAUUGUAUAUUUUUCUGAGUUUUUAAUGAUCAUUAUUUAUUUACGCAUCAGUUGUUUUUAGUUUGUAAAAAAACAUUUUGAAUGAUUUCACAAACAUUUUUACCCAUUUAGUUUUUGUUCAAAAUACAUUGCAAAUUUUGUUCUUAAUAUUUUUAAAUGUUAUCUUUUAGUCCCAAUAAAACUUGAUUUUUUUUCUGA